UCCUUUUGCCUCAGCAGGUAACACCUGGUCAUGGGAGGAAAUCACACCCAGGUUGAAUUCAUCCUGUUGGGAAUUACAGAAAGCCCACAUGCCCAGACCCCUCUUUUUGUCUUGUUUCUAUUGAUUUACAUUGUCACUCAGGUGGGGAACUUCGGCAUUAUCAUCUUGGUGCGGGUGUCUCCCAGUCUCCACACCCCCAUGUACUUCUUCCUCACCCAUUUUGCCUUCACUGACAUCUGCUAUUCCACAGUCAUCUCCCCCAGGAUGCUGGCAGACCUGUUAGCAGAGGACAAAACCAUUUCUUUCACUGCCUGCAUGAUUCAGUUCUUCACCUUUGCAUUUUUUAGUACUAUCGAGUGUCACCUCCUGGCCAUGAUGGCCUAUGACCGGCACAUUGCCAUCUGCCAGCCCCUGCUUUAUGUGACCAUCAUCUCCAGCCGUGUCUGCUGGCAGCUGAUAGCAGCAUCCUACCUGUUCGCCUUCCUCAGUGCCAUCAUCUACACAUGGUGCACCUUUGGAGGUUCCUUCUGUGGUCACAACCACAUCGACCACUUCUUCUGUGAUGAAGUUCCUGUGCUAAAGCUCGUGUGCUCUGACACCCACACCAGUGAAAUGCUUGUUUUUGUCUUCGUCACCAUAAAUGCAGUGGGUGCAAGCAUGAUCAUUUUGCUCUCCUACAUCUCUAUCCUUCGCACAGUGCUGAGGAUGUGCUCAGCACAGAGCAGGGCCAGAGCCUUCCACACCUGUGCCUCCCAUUUGAUGGCUGUUUCCAUGUACUUUGGGACAGGAUUAUUCAUGUACCUGCAACCUCCAUCUAGCCACAGGAGCCUGGAUAAGGUGGCCUCCGUGUUCUAUACUGUGCUCAUCCCCAUGCUCAACCCAUUCAUCUACAGUCUGAGGAACAAGGAUGUGAUGGGUUCUCUGGUGAAGUUUGGGAGGAGGUUACUCAACCACUGGCAACACAGAAUAUUUUUGUCAUCCAGUACAUGA